GGAGAGCCUUAAAGUUUGAAGAGUAUGGCUGCUGGCCAAGUUCCUAGCGCGGCCACCGCCAGCUCCCGAAUCAAGGUCUGCAACACACCAGAGGGAUGGGGCCUCCGCGGAGCGCGGCGGCGUUUGCCCCGUCGAAGGUUUCAGAGCGCAUGCCCAGAGAGGGGGUGGGGGGCAUUGUCACGUGCGGCUGCCUUCAGCGGAUUGGCCCCUCUGCUCGCCAGCUCCGGGGGUGGGAUUGGCUAGAGCGGUCGGGGCUGUGGCGGCUGCACGCGGAGGGAGGCUGCGUCGGAGCGGCGGCUGUGGGGCAGCGAGCAGGCCGCCCGGGCCGCCUGCAGCCCCUCUGGGAUGGAGGUCCUGGACGAGUUCGACAGCGAGUUACCCCAGAGUGUGACCUUCUGCCAGCUCAUCUCCGAGGAGGACUUCGAGAGGCAGGCGGCCACCUACACGGAGCGCGCGCUGCGCCGCCUCUUCCGCAGCAUCGACCGCAACCCCGCACUGGCCGAGAGGGUGGUGCGCAAGGGCAAGCUGGCCGAGCCAAGUUCUUUUGCGCAGUUCAAGGGGAGCUGAAUUGUUGCAACAGCAUGGGUACCCUGGAGAUGCACCAGCGCCUAGAGCAGCUGAAGAGGGGGAUCCACCGCGUGCACCUCUACUCCCAGGAUGCCAAGAAGAAGAGAAGAAAGCCAAAACUGAAGAAACCAGAACCCAUCCUCUUGAGAGACCGAUCAACCUCCCCAUGCCUGCCACCAGCCCUGCUGCCACCUCCCCCACUGCCGUCACCCGCCACCACCAUGGCCUCCGUGGUGGCCCCAUCGCCUCCCGUCUACACUAUGCCUAGGGUCUUUGGUCCUUUCCCUCCACUGCCCAGCAAGUCGAUGGAGAAGUUGGAGGUUACAAGGUCAGAAGUGAAACUGAACUGGGCUGGCCUAUCAUCGAACCCAAAGAGACACAUGGUUGAUCUGACCCCCUUGGUCCUCAAUCCCGGAGGCUUCCAUUUCUCGUACCUGGCUGGAAACAGUGCGCACAAGCUCCACUGCCCUGGCUUCCCCUGGACCUCGGCUUGUAGUGGCUCCCCCAAGACCGAAGAGACACCACUCUCUCCUGUGAAGGCCUCCAUCUUCACCCCGCCUGUCUUGCUCAAGUUCCAGCCUGUGCCAAGACCCAAGGAUGACUCUGAGAACGACCCCAGCAGCACAGAGUCUGUGCCUCCCAAGAGGGGCCCAUAACCUCUUCCCUACAGACCAUGGCUAGAGGAGUGAAUAAAGUUCCUGUGGAGGUGCUUGCUUGUG